UGGAGAAACGGCCGCAGCCGCAGCUGCCUCGGAGCUCUGAGGAGCUGGAGGAUUUGCACAAGCUGCUGCACUUCCCCGAGGAGGUGGCUCUCAGAUUGUCCGAGAGUGAAUAUCAGCUGUUCUACCAGGUUAAUCCAAACGAAUAUUUGCGUCAUGUUGCUCAGGAUUUAGCAACUUUACAAAGUAAAUCAGCGAGUAAAUCGAGCACAUCAUCGACAAACCAUCAAAAACAGUCCAAGGAGUUACCCACCACUACUAAUAGUUCAACUCAGACAGAAGAGGAAUCUUUGUGGUUAGGUGCGACCUCACCUUACUCUGUGCAGACCCUCAUCAACCGGUUUAAUGAGGUGAGCUCAUGGGUUACCCACACAAUAACAAGUGGCUCAACAGUCGAGGAGCGUCAAGCGUUCCUCUCUUGCUUCUUGCGAGUCGCUCAAACCUGCUGGAAUACUGGGAACUUUAAUUCGGCAAUGGAGAUCAUCGCCGGUCUCAAAUCCAAUAAAUUAAAGCCAUUUUGGCAAAGUGUGAACGAACCAUUACCAGUACUAGAGUACCUCUCAUCAGCCCUUCUGUCUUCCGAAUAUGAACGGGCAUUGGCACGUGCAUUGGCGAUGCCAGAAUGUCCUGUCGUACCUUUCUUCGGGGCUUUUUUACGGGAAUUACGUGAAGUAAUUUCUUCUGUCAACAAGCAACCAACGGAGAGCAAAGAAAAGAAGACUCAACGCAGUAAUAGUAAGGAGGGUUCGUCCCUUGAACACGUGCCUUCGGGUUCGCCAGGUGCGCGAUCCAGUGUCGGAAGCAAUGUAGACGUGAGCUUUGCAUGGAGGAUAUCACCAAGAAGCAGCAAUGAUUCAGAAGAUAAGCCUGACUGUACCAACGAAACAGCGGCUGUCAUUGAUAAAGUAACGUUGUUUCAUUCACAUCGUCAUGCCCGCUUAAGAGACGCAACUACUGGCUCACUACAUCGUACUUUGAGUGUCCAUACUACAGCUCUUGAGCAAGCUUAUUCUGCUGAAGAGUGUGAUGAGAAUGACUAUCAUCUUGACCUCGAUUCCUACAAGCCGGUUCAACCCCUUGUUGCUGACCAUGGAGUUGCACUUUUUCCGGUUGCCGCUCCUCAUCAUGGAAUGGAUCUUCAUUUGCUUCAGGUUCUUCAUCAUGGCACAACAUUAGUUCACUGGGAUUGUGAAGGAGCUGGGGGUUCACGAACGGCACUAGUGUAUGCACGUGUUGAUCGUGCCUGCGGUACAUUAGUAUGGGAAAAGCCAACAUGGAGUCCUUUAAAAACACCAGGAUUGGGUGGAGUCUCAACUGAAUUUACAUUAACAAUAAAUCCAGAAGAGUCUGUGCCACCGGUUCUUAUAUCGAAGUACACAUCCCUCCAGACAGAAUGUACGUCGAUUAGCCUCGAAGAAGGUUACUUGGAUCUAAACUCUGUCAAGGAAGUUAUCAUUGGGUGUUGUGAUAAAGAUAGAGAAGUUGAACUCCGUGGCAUCUGCAAAAGAUACGGCCUCCCCGGUUCAGACUCCUGUAUCGGGCUGAUGUAUGGCUCCAGUCUAUCUGAUAAUCGAAUAAUAUUUUUUCUGGGUCCACCUGCCCUAAGCAAACUUUGGUACAUGGGACUUUGUUGGAUUCUACGAGGUCUAAAACGGCAACAGCAAUUAACAGAUAGACGAUCCCGGUGGUUAAAAGAGAAAUAUCUCCAAUUAUAUUUUGAAGAGGGCUGUGUUGAGCCCACGACAGCCGAUGCAAUAAGAGUCUUCGGUGGACGGGAUUGGUCCACGACUGAUAGUAUUGGCACAUUAUCGCCCACCAAUAGUAGCAAUAUUCGACGCCGCAAUCCUAAACCUGGAAAAAAAACUAAAUCUAUUAGUAAUAUUCAUGCUCUUACUAAGGAAUUGAGUUUGAAGCAAUAUGAUUCAUCAUCGUCGGAUGGUGGAAUAACAACAGCUCCACUGCGUCACGUCGCUGGAAGUCGUGAAUCUUUAACAAGAAUAGCACCUACCUCACCACGAUCUAGCCGUGACCGUAUUCCGCCACGCAGCCCUCCUGGUUCAGCAGAACGUAUCUCAUCAAGCUUGCCCUAUUCCAGCUUACAAAGCCUGCUAUGCGUGACAAGAGAAAAAGACAAAAAUGGAUCAAGUCCUUCCGCUCCCGCAGUUGUGGAAUCGCCUUGGCAAGUCAAAGCACGCGCUACAUCUAUUAUGUACGAGACUCAACUUAAUUUCGUUGAGUUCGUUGCACUAUUUCGAUCUUUUAGUUUAAGAGCAAGAAAAGAUCUUCGUGAUCUUUUUGGUCAACUAGCUAUUACCUGUCGCAGCCAAAGUGAUGGGUCUCUCCGUGAUUUCACAAUGCGACCUGUCGUACUUCGACAAACUAGUGAUGCUACACCACAGCGAAUAGGUUUACUGACCAGAAAUAAUUCCAUUGACUGCUAUGAGUAUAAAACAAGUGGAAACUUCCAUAAGAAACAAAUUUUCGACGCGAUCGCUGCUGCAAGUAUCGUCAACAACUGUUCGGGUGUUGAUACUUCUAAAUCUCAAGUUAUUACUCUCGCAACAUUUACCAAAUUCUUGGAAUCACGUCAGCAGGAAAAACUUACCGAUGAACAGAUCAAAGCACUUAUCAAGAGACAUGAGCCAGAUCCAGCAUUAAGAGUUCAGUGGUGUCUAUCGUUCGAGGGAUUUGCACGGUACAUGAUGGAUAAAGAUAACUAUGCAUUUCCGAGUGAGUAUGCGAUUCCAACGGAUACGGAAAUGCAACAGCCGUUAUCACAAUACUAUAUUGCUAGCUCUCAUAAUACUUAUUUGACCGGACAUCAGCUGAAAGGGGAAUCUUCUGUUCAAUUGUAUUCUCAAGUACUUUUAACUGGGUGUAGAUGUGUCGAACUUGAUUGCUGGGAUGGAGAUGACGGUUCUCCAUUGAUAUAUCAUGGCCAUACAUUCACAACAAAAAUUCCAUUUAGAUCGGUAGUUGAAGCUAUUGACAGAAGUGCUUUUAUCACAUCUCCAUAUCCAGUUAUUCUCUCUAUUGAAAAUCAUUGUACUCAGAGUCAACAAGCCCGCAUGGCUCAAAUAUUCCAGUCGGUAUUUGGUGAUAAAUUGAUAACAAAGUUUUUAUUCGAUUCGGAUUUUGGUGACGAUCCGCAAUUGCCUUCACCCUCUCAACUGCGACACAAAAUUCUUAUAAAAAAUAAAAAGUUAGUGGUUGAUCCCACAGCGCCUUUGGUUCAUCCGGCAGUAAGUCAACGGUGCAAAAUGCUUAUGACUGAUCGAGCGUCAUCGAUGAAACAAAUGAGAACUGAAAUGAGUAGUACUUCUGUUGUCGAAUAUUUCAGCGAAGAUGACGAUGAUGAAGAGGAUGACGAUGAAGAUGAUAAUGUUGAUGACAAUUCGAUUUCAAGUUACGAGAGAUACUUGGGAAGUAGUCAAAUGUCUCACGGUCGAUUGAAAUCAGAUCCCGCCGUGGACGAUAAAUCUCAGAAGCAGAGCAGUCAAAUAGCUAAAGAAUUAUCUGAUUUAGUAGUAUAUCUCCAAGCCAUCAAAUUCCGAGGAUUAAAUCUGACACCAUCUAACACAGUGCCAUCGGCGGUAAAGCCGCGUCAUCAGAGUCACACUGGUACAGUACAAAGACACAGUAUCGCGGGAAUCGGGACCGGAGGAAUAGCUUCUACUUCGACAGGUUCACCGCAAUCACUGUCAACUUCGGUGUCUGUUGCCAGCGGUGGCAGUAACAUUGACGCCUUUUUCCGACCAACCCGGGGUGUGCCCGCUUGCUUCCAGUGUUCGUCAUUGAACGAGAGCGCUGCCAAAAAAAUCUGUAGAAAACAGCCUCUGGGCGUAGUGGCCCACGCGGAAACCCAACUAAUCCGCACCUAUCCCGCAGGAAUGCGAAUUGACUCGUCAAACUUCAACCCCGUAAUAUUUUGGGCGUUUGGAAUUCAGAUGGUGGCAUUAAAUUAUCAGACAGACGAUGCCGCCUCACAUCUGAAUGCCGCAAUGUUUGAACAAAGCGGGCAAUGUGGUUACGUAAGGAAACCAUCGGUUAUGUGGGACAAAGGACACAUGAUGUACCGAAGAUUCAAUCCCUGGGACAAGGAGUUUGAUGGGCUUCAUUCUAUUCACCUAACUCUCUCUGUUGUCUCGGGGCAAUACAUCUCAUCGACAAAUCUCGUCGCUAGUACCUACGUCGAAAUUGAGUUAGUCGGAAUACCAAUUGAUUGUGCCAAGCAUAAAACAAAAGUUAUUCAAAAUAAUGCCCUGAACCCUAUUUGGAACGAAAAAUUCUGUUUCCAAGUAAUGUUUCGCGACUUAGCAUUCUUAAGGUUCGGAAUUGUCGAGGCAAACUCCCACCACUUGAUAGCUCAACGAGUUUUGCCCCUAAAGUGUCUCAAACCGGGUUAUCGUCAUGUGCGCCUUCGCUCCUGCAAAAAUAAGCCUCUUGCUCUUUCCACGCUUUUCAUUUACUCGCGAAUGGAAGAGGAGAGCUUGGACUAUAACACCUGCUGCCGGGACCACAACAAAGAGUGCAAGCGCCCUACGUCGGGGAAAACUCCCGAGAAAUUGAGCACCGUCGAUCCGGGUCUCGGUGGAGUAACAUUGAAGCGGCGGAUGUUUUUCCUGAUGGUUUACGACGUAAUUCCAGAUGAGCCUUAUACUAUUCUGAAGGUGACACAGGAGAGUACUACUCAAGAAGUGAUGCUUCAGGCGCUUCAAAAAGCGGGAAUAUCCGCGGAGCACGUUGAUGAGUACAUUCUAGUGGAGGAGGUGUCGCGUGGAUGGGAAAAAAAAGAUCGUGAAGAACUACCAACUCAGAGAGUGUUAGAUUCAUUCGAGCAUCCACUUCAAGCUCAAGCUUUGUGGAAAGGUCAAGGUCGGUUCUUGUUGAAAAGAGUCGGUAAUGAUCCGAGUAGCAGAGCAUGGCUAGCGUCAAUCAGAAGCACUGCGGGACAUUCAAAAUUAACUGAUACCAGCGAGCGCGAUCAAUCUAUGCACAUCUGGGAUGAGGCGGACACUUUCCUCGUUUGUAUCUACAAUGUAUCACCGGAAAUACCGUAUGCCAUUCUACGUGUUCCUGUAACGAGUUCCGCUCAGGAUGUACUCGCGCAAGCUCUUGUUAAAGCCAGAAGGAUGGAGGAUCCCUCGAAGUUUGCUCUUGUCGAGGAGCUUGAGUGGGGCGGUGCUGGCGCCGUCGGAAGUGGAAAUCGUCAGCUGAGGCUCUUGAGGGACGAAGAAAAUGUUUACAGCACCCAAGCGUUUUGGAAAACACUUGGAAGGUUUAUUUUGCGCGAAAGGGAGCAAGCUAUUCCUCGGAAGCACUUACUUCCGGCGACCUUAGAUAGAAUAAGUAAAGGAUUUUCAGUAGGUAGAUCAGUGUCGCUGCCUGGUUCGAGCAAAGAAAAAGUUCCGGUAGCCGAGGCUCUUUCUGAUCCGAGCUCACGGGGCCUGAGACAUCGGCUCCUUAUGUCAGGACGCAGGCGUGAAGUUCAUUCGGACGGGGAAGAGUCUAGGGAAUCGGAAAUUCUCAAUGCUGCCCUCUAUUUAAAGAAGGUAUCUUUGAGAAAAUUGAGAGUCUGGAAGUCUUAGUGGCAGUCUCGAGCGACCUCACUCUCUCUAUUGUUCACUAAUCGAAAUAACAACUGGUAAAUUCGUAAAUAUUAUUAUUUAUUAUUAAUAUUUUAUUAUUAUCAGUCGUUGCGAUCUAGUGGACAAGAGUAAAGUCGCUCCUGUCUCUACUCACAUGUUCUUUUGAUUAAAUUUACCAUGUGAGGUUGCCGUUUACGGCUACGGACAUUUGUGAGCAGAAAAUGGGCAUUAAUGUAUCUACUGAAAUGUCUUUUUAAAUUAAUUAUAAUUUUAUCGAUUAUUUAAUUAAUUAUUUAUUUAUUUAUUUAUUGAUUGAAAGGAAAAACAAACAAAAAUGAAGAAUUAAUAAGGAAAGAUAAUUUUCUGAGUAUUUAUUUAAAUUCAACGUAGAAUGGACCGAAUGAAUAAAUAACAUAGUAAUGUUUGCCAAAGAUACAAACGUCAUACAAUGUUACAUAAAUAUUUAUACAUGAAUAAUGGUGUAUAGCAUUCAAUAAAUAAACAUAAUUAUAAUACAUCGAGAUAGGCGACGAAAAU